CUCCCCUGAUAGCAAAUCAACAACGCGGCCUAAUCUAUAAACUGCGGAUUUGCAGUAGAUAAAUGGAUUCCAACCCCGAAAUGUAGAAAAGAUAAAAUUUUGCAUUGAUUUAGUUCGUUGCUGGCUGUUUCGUGGCAUAGACGUUCAAAAUGUCUGGUUUGGGGCGGCAACUGGGAGCGGUGUUUAGUGGAAUAAUUCUAGUCUUUUGUGGCGGAAUACACAUAGGAUGGAGUAUUUUCCAUUUGUACAUGGGAGGAAACAAGUGGGCAGUCGGCAUCACCAUCGAUGAGUACAGAUUCGCCAUAUUAUCGUUCUUCACCGGAGUGGGAUUUAUUCUUAUCAUAAUGACCUUUUCGAAGGAAUGGCUUUCUACGCGAAUAUGGCUGAUGUUAUCUUCAUUUUUCUUUAUGCUGAACGGAAUAUUUUUCACAGCUAUGCCGACGGAUUAUCCAGCCACUGUUGCAACUCGCAUCAUUGCAGGUUUUGGUCACGGAAUCGCCCAUCUAGUGAUGUCAAUGUAUAUUGGCGAAAUCGCUUCCAAACAGUACAGGGGAAAGCUGAUAACACUAAUGGUGGCGUCCAUCAUUGCCGGUGUAGCAGUAUUUUCCGUUAUAUCUAUGGUGACCACGAAUAUUAUAUUCAUAAUCGAACCAGCGAUGCAUGCAAACAGAGCAUUGGGAAUAAUCAUUAUGCCACUCAGCUUGGCGGCAUUCGUUCUGGCAUUUUUCCUUACAAUUGAGUCACCGAUCCACACGCUACUCGUCAAAAAAGAUGAAUCUACUGCACAGAAGGACUUCUUGAAGCUAAGAGGUCGAGCGUUGAAAACCACAGAAACCGAUCUGGAGUUCAACGACAUGAAGAAGCUAGUGGAGGCAAGCCAUAUGCUUUCCAAAAUAUUCGUCACCGAAGGUAACUUCAAACCAUUCCAGCUGAUAUUGACGCUGAAAUUGGCAAAUUUGCUAUUUUUUAACUUCUCGAUGAACAUUGCGAAAAUGACUUUCAUGUCCCUAAUGUUCACUUUAACAUUAACCGGCCCUAACUGGGCGCCUCCGAUUCUCAUGCUUAGUAAAUUGGGAGGUGCACUGAUAGCAAUAUUUAUAAUCGAUAUCCUUCCACGCCGGUUCCAAUAUGGUAUAUCUUCCACAUUUACUGGAACAUUCCUCCUUGCGUUUGGUAUUGUUUUGGCAACACAUGACUACCUAGAGCCCUGGAUAGCUCCGUUCUUGUAUAUUACCGCUGAAGUAUUCGUCACAUUCGGUAUGCUUCCAGUUUCGGAAAUUCUACUCGCCGAAGCUUUCCCGCCCAAGAAGAAGGUCCUUUCCGUGGCAUCGAUAUUGAUCUGCGAAUAUGUGGGUCACAUGGUGGUUUAUAUCAUAUACUUCAAUGUGCCAAGUACCCUUCAAAGCGUGUACAUCAAGGUAAUUGUGUUUGGCGGUGUGAUUCUUUUGAAGUGCUUACUGGGACUUUUGCUCAUCCCUGAUACCAGAAACACCACGGCACGAGAAGCCCAUCAGUUAUUGUCCAAACAUUGAAUCGUGUUGAAACGGGAAAACUUUACAUAUCGAUUGUUGCUUCUUUUUUUACAAAGUGCAGAGAAUGGAAAAAGACUGUUAAUAAAUACAAGAAAUAA